GCGGGAGCGCGCGCGCAGCCGGGCGUCGGCGACGCAUGCGCGGGGCCGGUCUCCUUGGCGCCGCGCGGAGGGCGAGCGCAGGCCUCAAGGAGAGGGGAUCGCGGGGCUUGUUGCCUCUGUGGCCGCCGUCAUGUUCUUGUGUGCUUCCCUGCGGGCUGCGGCCGCACGCUCGAUAAGACAAAUCCGAUCUUUACAUAGAACAGCAGUGUGCAAUUCCAGUGGAGGAGCCUUAUUUGUGCACAGAGAUAGUCCUGAAAAUAAUCCAGAUACUCCAUUUGAGUUCACGCCUGAAAACCAGAAGCGAAUAGAAGCCAUUGUAAACAGCUACCCGGGGGGCCACAAGUCUGCAGCUGUCAUGGCAGUACUAGACUUGGCCCAACGACAGCAUGGAUGGUUGCCCAUAUCAGCUAUGAACAAGGUUGCUGAAAUUUUAGAAAUGCCUCCCAUGAGAGUGUAUGAAGUAGCAACCUUCUAUACAAUGUAUAAUCGCAAACCUGUUGGGAAAUACCAUAUUCAGGUCUGCACUACCACGCCUUGCAUGCUGCGAGACUCUGACAGUAUUUUAGAAGCCAUUAAGAAGAAACUUGGUAUAAAAGUUGGAGAAACAACACCUGAUAAACUCUUCACGCUGAUAGAAGUGGAAUGUUUAGGUGCUUGUGUAAAUGCACCGAUGGUACAAAUAAAUGACAAUUACUAUGAAGAUUUGACACCCAAAGAUAUUGAAGAGAUAAUUGAUGAGCUAAAGGCUGGCAAGGUUCCCAAACCUGGCCCAAGGAGUGGACGUUUUUCUUGUGAGCCAGCUGGUGGCCUUACUUCUCUGACUGAACCACCCAAAGGACCAGGUUUUGGAAUUCAAGCUGGCCUCUAAGGAUUUUUGUAAUAUAACAUGAACUGCCUGAAAAUAAUAAAAUAACUUUAAUCUCAGUAAAA